AUACUGCCAAGGAAUUUAAUUUAAGUCUACACAACGCGAGUUUCACCAAAGGACUACGGACUGUUUCUGGUGAGGAAGUUUAAAACUCGGCAAUGGCCAAUUGUCUGAGGAGAUAUCGCUGCCGGAUCCUGCUCUGCAUAUGUACACCAUGCAUACUACUUGGAUGCCUUUUCGUCUACAUAACAUUGGCUUUAUGUUUAGCCAUGGCUCACACCUACUCAUUUAAUGGGCAAAUUAUCAGGUCCGAACUAUCAGACAGAUUCUUUGUAGCCACAGGGUCCACAAAUUCCAGAAUGCUGGCUCCCUACCCAGUUCAGCCCUUUUGGAGAGAGGACCUGAGCAAAUUUGCAUUUUGGAACCUGAUCCAGCAAGUCAUGGACCGCCAGCAUAACCCCAUCCUUCACCCCUCAGGAAACAACUCCUAUAAAGAUAACAUCACAUCACUGAACCAAAGCGGAUGUUUUCCAAGUUAUGAAGCAAUGUGGAGAAUGUCAGAUUAUGUCACUCUGCCACUUCAGAUGCAAAGGUUUGUCAUUUCUAUGCAUUGUAGAGACUACCCACUGCUCAUUGACCAGCCAGGAUUGUGUGCCAAAACAAAAAAGGCUCCAAUGUUGCUGCUGGCCAUUAAGUCACAAGUGCAUAACAUUAGGAACCGCCAAGCCAUCAGGAUGACAUGGGGGUAUUCAGGCUUGCAGAAGGGGCAGGUGGGGAAAGGAGGAUUGGUGCACAGGGUUUUUCUCUUGGGCAAGAUUGGUGAAAAACUGAGUGAAAGUAUUAAAAAAGAGAGUGAAAUGUAUGAUGACAUUAUAAUGUGGGACUUCAUGGACACGUUCUUUAACCUGACUCUGAAGGACGUACUGUUCUGGGACUGGUUCUCAAAGACCUGCCAGAAUGCCCGCUUUGUGUUCAAGGGUGAUGACGAUGUCUUUGUGAGGACGCCUGCUCUCCUAGAUUACUUGGAGAAGCAGGAAAAGCUUCACUUAAAAGCACAUGGGCACACCAAGAAAAUGAAGGAUUUUAUUGUUGGGGACAUUAUCACCUCUGCAUUCCCUCUGCGCACGGAAACCAAUAAGUAUUUCAUCCCUGAAAAUUUCUAUAAGGGCAUGUACCCAACAUAUCCAGGUGGAGGAGGGGUAGUCUACUCUGGUGCUCUGGUUCCCAGGCUUCUCCAGGUGUCCAGGAGAGUUCAUCUGUUCCCUAUUGAUGAUGUUUACCUGGGGAUGUGCCUUCAAAGACUGGGAGUCAUCCCCAUCGACCACCCAGCCUUCCUCACUUUUGACUUUAAUGCUAAAGAAGCGAAGGAGCCCUGUGCCCACCACACCAUCCUGCUGGUCCACAAACGCAGUCCCAGAGAAAUGUUACAACUAUGGACAGAGACCUUCAAACCAAGCACAAAAUGUUUUGAAAGGAAAAAUUUCUCCCCGGACUUCAUUCACGAGUGCUGUGAAACAGACUGCAAACACAGCUCACUGCCAGAACUAAGUGUUAAUGAUUCUCUAUUGUGAACCUGAACACCAAGAACUCUGAAACAUCAAACCUUAAAAUAUCUACGUAUACACAGGUGUAGUGUACACUCAAACAUUUUAAGUAUUCAUAAAGUAUAGCGAUAACUCCUUCAUCUGUAAUUGAUGGCUUAGUCAGUGACCUCAAAAGACAGGGCUACAGUAUGUAAAGAGAGAGACUAUGGAUUGGAUGUGCGCAUGUUAGGAAGGGGAACCUUCAGUUGUCAAUAACACUAUUUUAAUUUGGUCAUAGCCACCUCUUUUGUGUGUAUAUUUAUAAAUGUCUGUGUUUGACAAUGUAUUUUACAUACUUGCAAAAACACACAAUGGACAGAGUUCUAAUAAUCAGAAUUAUACCCAUGGUCACAAUGUAUGUAAUCUAAGUAUGUCGUUGGUUUUUUAGAGCUUUUCAUAAAAAGAAUAAACAUGGCUUAUUUAACUCUUCUGGGAACUUGCUUUCAAAGCCAGAAAAUAUUCCCUGAAACAAAUAUUUUCAUGUAAUAGGC